AUGAAUACAUACUAUAUAUAUAUAUAUAUAUCAGAGAAAAAUGUCCUUUUAUCUUUCUCUUUAACAAGAAUUUGCUCUCGACAUUUAUUGUCUUUGUUAAGGUCCACUUGCGAUUCAGCAACAUCAAAUGUAGAAAUAACAAGCGAGGAGACAUUUCCGGGCAACGAUGGUCCAAAUGAAGAGGGAUGGUCUGCAGGUCGUGGACAAACUGCAUUCGGUGAUUUUAGAAAGACACUAUUACCACCACGACCGAGGGCCAAAACAACUGUCUUUCAAAAAAUAUUCAGUCAAAAAUCUGCUCUAAUAAAAAAUAAAAAUAAAAAGUUUUCUUUGAGCAAUUUAACAAUUUUAGUUAAAACACUGACAAUGAAAACAUCUCGCAAAAAGUUAUAUUAUUUAAUUGCUGCACAUUAA